AUGAUUCAAGGCAAUAAAAUAAUCGUAAGCUCGGUUCAAUCUGCAGCUACACAUGCUGUUCCACGGCACCUCGAAUUUAUUGGCGUUAGUUUUUCAUUAAAUCUGAAAUAUUGUUAUUCAUCAGUAGGAAUAAUUUUCUUUUAUACUAAAGAUUCAACAGGCACUACAACAGCAACGGCAACAACUAAUACUGCAACAACGACAACCAAAACGACAUCAACGACGACUACUACUGCUGUUUAUUGUGCUAGUACUUGUACUGGCACGUUUAAUUCUUCUAUAAAUACUACUUCUUGUUCUCUUUAUUGUAAUGAUGGUGGUAGUUAUUAUUGUCAUACUACUUCUACUUAUUGUGCUGGUAAGUAUUAUGAUCCUGCUGGUUUUGGUUUUUGUGAUCCUGCUAGUAGUCGUUUUACUGGUACUUGUAAUACUACUGGUUAUUGUUGUGUUUAUGAUAAUUAUUUUCCUGAUUAUUAUUGUCUUAGUAAGGUCAGUUGUGGCUUUAGUGGCUAA